AGGGCCGGGCAUGGGGGUGCCGCCGCCGCUUAGUCAGCUCUGCGUCCGCUGAAUCUCGGCCGCCGCCGCGCUGUUGUCGCGGCGCCCCCGCCCCGUCCUUUGCCCGUACCGCCCCCGGAGCCGGCGGGCCGGGCCUGGAGCCAGGGUCCAGUCCCCGCCAUGCCGGCCCGGCUGCUGCUGCUGCUGCUGGCGCUGUUGCUGCCCGGCUCUGGGAUUUUUGGAAGUACCAGCACAGUGACGCUUCCUGAAACCUUAUUGUUUGUGUCAACCCUGGAUGGAAGUUUGCAUGCUGUCAGCAAGAGGACAGGCUCCAUCAAAUGGACUUUAAAAGAAGAUCCAGUCCUGCAGGUCCCAACUCAUGUGGAAGAGCCUGCCUUCCUCCCAGAUCCCAACGAUGGCAGCCUAUACACACUUGGGGGCAAGAAUAAUGAAGGUCUGACAAAACUUCCAUUUACCAUCCCAGAGUUGGUGCAGGCAUCACCAUGCCGAAGUACAGACGGAAUCCUCUACAUGGGUAAAAAGCAGGACAUUUGGUAUGUUAUUGACCUUCUGACUGGGGAGAAGCAGCAGACUUUGUCAUCGGCCUUUGCAGACAGUCUGUGCCCAUCAACCUCUCUUCUGUAUCUUGGGCGAACAGAAUAUACCAUCACCAUGUACGACACCAAAACCCGGGAGCUCCGGUGGAACGCCACCUACUUUGACUAUGCAGCCUCACUGCCCGAGGACGACAUGGACUAUAAGAUGUCCCACUUUGUGUCCAAUGGCGACGGGCUGGUGGUAACCGUGGACAGUGAAUCUGGGGACGUCCUGUGGAUCCAAAACUAUGCCUCCCCUGUGGUGGCCUUCUAUGUCUGGCAGCGGGAGGGUCUGCGGAAGGUGAUGCACAUCAACGUCGCCGUGGAGACCCUGCGCUACCUGACCUUCAUGUCGGGGGAGGUGGGGCGCAUCACCAAGUGGAAGUACCCGUUCCCCAAGGAGACGGAGGCCAAGAGCAAGCUGACGCCCACCCUUUACGUUGGGAAAUACUCUACCAGCCUCUAUGCCUCCCCCUCCAUGGUACACGAGGGAGUUGCUGUCGUGCCCCGCGGCAGCACUCUCCCUUUGCUGGAAGGCCCCCAGACUAAUGGUGUCACCAUUGGGGACAAAGGGGAGUGUGUGAUCACACCCAGCACCGACCUCAAGUUCGACCCUGGACUCAAAAGCAAGAACAAGCUCAACUACUUGAGGAAUUACUGGCUCCUGAUAGGACACCAUGAAACCCCACUGUCUGCGUCUACCAAGAUGCUGGAGAGAUUUCCCAACAAUCUGCCCAAACAUCGGGAAAACGUGAUUCCCGCUGAUUCAGAGAAAAAGAGCUUUGAGGAAGUUAUCAACCUGGUGGACCAGGCUUCGGAAAAUGCACCCACCACCGUGUCUCAGGACGUGGAAGAGAAGCCUGCCCACGCCCCCGCCAAGCCCGAGGCCCCCGUGGACUCCAUGCUCAAGGACAUGGCCACCAUCAUCCUCAGCACCUUCCUGCUGGUCGGCUGGGUGGCCUUCAUCAUCACCUUCCCCUUGAGCAUGCAUCAACAGCGGCAGCUCCAGCGCCAGCAGUUCCAGAAGGAACUGGAGAAAAUCCAGCUCCUGCACCAGCAGCAGCUGCCCUUCCCCCCACCUGGGGACGCCACUCAGGACGGCGAGUUCCUGGACACGUCUGGCGCGUACUCGGAGAGCUCGGGCACCAGCAGCCCCAGCACGUCUCCCAGAGCCUCCAACCACUCGCUCUGCUCCGGCAGCUCUGCAUCCAGGGCUGGCACCAGCCCCUUCCUGGAGCAGGACGACGAGGAUGAGGAAACCAGCGUGGUGAUGGUUGGGAAGAUUUCAUUCUGUCCUAAGGACGUGCUGGGCCAUGGAGCUGAGGGCACAAUCGUGUACCGGGGCAUGUUUGACAACCGAGACGUGGCUGUGAAAAGAAUCCUCCCCGAGUGCUUCAGCUUCGCAGACCGAGAGGUGCAGCUGCUGCGAGAGUCGGACGAGCACCCGAACGUGAUCCGCUACUUCUGCACAGAGCGUGACCGCCAGUUCCAGUACAUCGCCAUAGAGCUGUGCGCGGCCACCCUGCAAGAGUAUGUGGAGCAGAAGGACUUUGCCCACCUCGGCCUGGAGCCCAUCACCUUGCUGCAGCAGACCACCUCGGGCCUGGCCCACCUCCACUCCCUCAACAUCGUUCACAGAGACCUGAAGCCCCACAACAUCCUCCUCUCUAUGCCCAACGCACACGGCAGGAUCAAGGCCAUGAUCUCCGACUUUGGCCUCUGCAAGAAGCUGGCGGUGGGCAGGCACAGCUUCAGCCGCCGUUCUGGGGUGCCUGGCACGGAAGGCUGGAUUGCUCCCGAGAUGCUGAGUGAAGACUGCAAGGACAACCCUACCUACACGGUGGACAUCUUCUCUGCAGGCUGCGUCUUCUACUAUGUGAUCUCUGAGGGCAGCCACCCUUUCGGCAAGUCCCUGCAGCGGCAGGCCAACAUCCUCCUGGGCGCCUACAGCCUCGACUGCUUCCACCCCGAGAAGCAUGAAGAUGUUGUUGCACGUGAACUAAUAGAGAAAAUGAUCGCAAUGGAUCCGCAGAAACGCCCCUCGGCGAAGCACGUUCUGAAACAUCCGUUCUUCUGGAGCCUGGAGAAGCAGCUCCAGUUCUUUCAGGACGUGAGCGACCGGAUAGAGAAGGAGCCGCUGCACGGCCCGAUAGUGAAGCAGCUGGAGCGCGGCGGCAGAGCCGUGGUGAAGCUAGACUGGCGGGAGAACAUCACCGUCCCCCUCCAGACAGAUCUGCGUAAAUUCAGAACCUAUAAGGGCGGCUCUGUCAGGGACCUCCUCCGCGCCAUGAGAAAUAAGAAGCACCACUACCGGGAGCUCCCCGAGGAGGUGCGGGAGACGCUGGGCUCCCUCCCGGACGACUUCGUGUGCUACUUCACGUCGCGCUUCCCCCACCUCCUCUCGCACACCUACCGGGCCAUGGAGCUGUGCAGCCACGAGAGACUCUUCCAGCCCUACUACUCCCAGGAGCCCCUGGAACCCCAGCCCCCCGUGACCCCAGACACCCACUGAGCCAGGGCGGCCCCAGCUGUGACCGAGGGCCUGGUCGCCACAGUCCAGAGCUUGGCUCCUCCCGGCUUCACAGGGAGACCAGGCUUCCCAAACCAAGUGCCUUGAGCUGCCCGCUCUGCAGCCAGCAGAGGAUAACGCUGACCCCAGGAGGAGGGAGAGGCGGCCCCUCGUGGCCUGCAGGGAGCUGGGAAGGUGUCGCCCUGGAAGGCUCAGUCGGGCGCCUGCCAAGGAUGGUCCCAGAGACAGCGAGAGGAGUACCUGCCGACCUCCUUCUGGAUAAACUUGCUUCAGACUUAACAUUUCUUUUUAAAAUCCCUGCUUGAUGUCAGUCAGGGGGCCUUUUGGGAAGGGAGAGGAGGGAAUCCUAAGUUCUGCCUGCGUGCUCGGACCAGCAGUGCAGCCUCUGCUAGAAGCAGGACUUGGGGGGCGAGGGGUGCGGGAAGGAGAAAGGUGUCCCAAGGGUGUGGUGCUGGGGUAGGAGGUGCCUCACUGAUCACAGAUGUGCCCCAGGUCGCCCAGGGUACUGGUAACCAGUGUUUCCGCAGAGGCAGCGAGAGCCGUGAGCUUGGGCUGUGACGUCAGGGACAGGUCAGCGGUGCGUGCUGCAGAGGAGGUCAUGUCUGCAGGGCUCUCAGGAACGAAGAGGAUGCUCUGCUCUGGAGGCCGUGGUGGCCCAGCGUGUUGGUGGCCUGAACAGUGGCCUUUGCAUCGUCCUGGGCCGGUUGGGGGCGUUCAGGAACAUUUGGGGCAAGAAGUGAAGCAUUCCCUGGCCAUGGAGGAGGGCAGCUAAGACCCAUACAGGGACAGGCCUUCAGGACCGGGGGGAGCAGCCGAGUGGGACCCUCCAGCUGCCUGGAGAGAGCCCUGAGCCAGAUGUGGGUGCCGAGGCUCCUCUGUCCCUUAGGCCGGCAGAACAGGGGACACGUGGUCAGUCAGGGCAGGGGGCAGGAAGCCAAGGCCAAGGUCACUGUGUGCUUCAUGGGCCAGCUUUUUGUUUUUCUUGGCAGAUUUUAAUAACUAUAUUUUGAUCAUACUGUAGAAUGCUACAAUCAGCAUAAGUAAGCUAUAGUUGAAGCUUACUCGCGAAGAAGAAAAGCAAGAUACAGUACAUCUUCUAUCUUGUGUGGUACCAAAAAUCGCCAUCCCCUCAAAAAAGUGUUCAUGUUUAGAACAUUCUCUAAUGCUGAAGAGUAAAACAUUAUAGCAACACUAUGUAAAUGUAUUAAGCAAUGUCAGAGUAAUAAUCUCUAAAUUAUGUUGGUACCAUGUUAUUUUUUUCCCUAAAAUUAAUAUAAUUUUUAACUUUAGUUUGAGUGAAAAAUUCCUCUGUCUUUUCUCUCCCAAGAGCCUUAGAGGUUAAAAUGCAAUCAGGGUACCACGUAAGGAGACGCUGUCUGUGUCCUUCCUCCCGCCGGGGAGGGGUCAUUGAGGUUCGGUCCCGCCGCAAACUCAGAGACUCCAUUCAGUAUUAAGAAUGGAAUUGUCGGAUUUUACUCACUGACAGAGAAAUCACUGUUUCUUCUUCUUGUAAGAUGUUUUCUGCUUGUGUGUGUGUCAGAGCCACUCAGCAAAAGCUCUUUCUCUGCCUUUGCAGAAUGCCUACAUCCUUAAACCUCAUCCGUUACCUCAUGCAGCCUUGGAACCUCGGCCCCCCGGGGUGGCAUCCUUGGCGUCCUGCAGGCCGUCCGUGUCUCAGAACAUGCCAGACUGUGUUUUCUCCUCUGGUGCCCGCGCCAGGGCCUGCCUGGGACAGCGCUGUCCCCACGGCUGCAGGGAGCUUUGCCGCGGGCUGGGUGGCAGUGGCCCGAGAGAGAAUCCAAAGGCAGAGAAGGUGCCUGGAGCGAUUUAACAGGACUGCCUCGGGGACUGCCCCUCACCUUGGGGGUACCCAGGUGAUUCCUAGUGGCCCAGUUUUGUCUCAUCUUCAUUUUAGCCUGACUUGCCUCGAAACAACUUUUUCAAAUGCCCUUUAUUCGAGCACUUACUCUGUGGAGCUAGGCAGGAGCCCAGUUACUCGUCAGGCCCCCAGGUGAUUGUCGGAAGAGGUCUCGUGGGGGCAGCCUCUGGCGUAGCCAGCCCCAGCUCUAGAACUCUGGUUUCUGUGGCGCUCGGCGGGUCGUCGUGUGGCUUCAGGCGGGGACAGCUCUGCAGCACUGCCCGUUGUGUUGCAGCUGAGCUGUUGGAUUCUGCAAUUCCUGGGGGGCUGUUUCACUCUUUAGAAGUACUGUACACUGUCUUCAUCUUUAAGUGCAACUUAGUUACAUCUGUUAGGGAUCCAAAAGACGCUCUAAUUUAUUUAAAUUGUGUCUUAAAGCUGCCAUUGAACCUCUCUCUGGCACACGUGCCAGAAUUUCUCUUAUUGCUUCUUGAGUCUUUUGAAUUUCAGUUUUUGAAGGGCUCCACGUGUCAUUAGACACCAAAGCAUUUGCACUUUGGGGAGCAUUGGUAUUACUUGGUAAGUCCUUCAGCCAUCCAGUGGCUGAAAUAUGCAAUCCUGGGUGCAAACAUGUCCCCUCCCUCCCUGCUUGCUGUCACUGCAAGAGUUGCCAGAGGUUCUUUCCAAUGGGUCGUCACUCUGAUCAGUUACAGGUAGAUGUUGUUUUGGAAGAUCGAGAGGUUAGUGGAUCCGGCAAAGUAUUCCCACCAAUUCCAGGAGAAAGGUCCUUAUCAGAGGUGACCCUGAUCCUUUGGUGAGGUUUUGUGUGAUUCUGUCAUCAUUGGCGAUUCUUUCUUGCUGCGGUAAAAGAUCCACUGGCUGCGGAUCUAACCUCUCGACAGACACGGGGGCUUUGGGUUGUAGGACUUUGUCCUCUUGGCUCCUUUCUUUCUGGAAGUUGGACUUUGGCCAGGUUUGGUUCUCCCAAGACUGUCCCAUUCUCCAUCUGUUCGUUGGACCCUCAGCCUGGGAAGGUGGCUGGCGCUGCUUUUGCAGCCUCUGUGCUGGGGGAGAAAACUCAGCCUCUCAGUCUCCUCUUAGCUUCCUCUCUCUGCUGCUUUGGCUUCUGAAAUUGCUUCUCUUUGUGUCUCCCACCAUGUCUUUUCCUUGCUCUUUCUUUUGCCAUCCUGGUGUAGUCGUUCCAGUUGACUGUGGCCUGGCACUGGCUUCCGGAAGAAGGUCCUCAGGUGUCCUAUCCGGGCUGGCAGAAAUUCUGCCUUCCUGGGUUGGGCCAUUAUCUUACACCAAAGUAUCUACUGUCAUCCUCUGCUUUUUCUUUAUGAAACAGUGAUUUCUCCUGAGUAACUCUGCUUCUGACUUGUGAAUUGGCACUUACGUCCUUUCUGUAUCCAGUGGAAAACCACAACGAUCGCAUCUGCAAUGAGCCUUGCCCUGGCGCAGCCUUAACCGACACUUUCAGCCAAAGCCCCCACCUACUCGCCCCUCCACGUGCUCUGCGAUUGGCGGAUACAGUAUUCCUUUUCAGUGUCCCUAAAGCUGUGACGGGGGAGUCCCCACUUACCUAGAAAGCAUUACCAGUCAACCACGUGGCAUUCUCAGAGGCAAACCUUGUGUAGUGUUCUUUCUGCAAUGACCUAUUUAUUUAACCUAUUUAUAUUUAUUUAAUUUUUACUCUGAACUGUAUCCCAUUACAAUUGCACUUGCUUAAAGCACAUCAGAUUUGUUUUGGACAACACCCCUGACCAUUUUAAAACUGGAAAAGGAAAAGUUAUACUGUAUCCUUCCGUGGGAUGGACGCUUUACAGUAGUCUUGUCUUUAAAGGGUGAAUAAUUUGGUCGGGAUAAAAUGUUAAUUUUUAGGUGAUUCUUAAAAAAAUAUUCUGUGCCAUUGUGUCUUCUCUGUGGAUGGUUGUCUCAUUGGUAUAUGUUAAUUGUAUGAUACAAUCCUCUUUGUGGAACCCCAAAUCCUCUUUUUAGCUUUAUAUUUUAUAAACUGCCAGAUUGUACAACUUUUAUGUGUAUUUUUAAAGCUUGAUGUGAGGGUCAUUAUCUAAGUUAAACAGCCUAUUUUUGUACCUCCUGUACAGUUUUAUAAUUCUGCUGAUUGAUGGCAUCUUAUGUUGAGCCAACCACAAUAAAGGUAGUUUUAGAUUUGGGA